UGAAAUAUCGAAGCGCGGACGGAAGAGCAAUGGCGUCGACGGGGAUGGUUACCGCUCAGAUAUCCAACUUACAUGCAGUCACCGACCUGAAGAAGACUUUCCCUUCUUUCUCUUCCGGUAGCCUUAAGUUGGGUUCAAGUAUAGCUGAUAAGCAGAUCUUAUCUUGGUCGGGUCAUCAGAAAUCUGGGCACAGACAUAGAUCUGUCCGUGUAUAUGGUCUAUUCGGAGGAAAGAAAGAAAACAAUGAGAAAGGUGAAGAUGCACCUUCCAAGGCUGGAAUUCUAGGGAACAUGCAGAAUUUAUAUGAGACUGUGAAAAAAGCACAAAUGGUUGUCCAGGUUGAGGCUGUGCGUGUCCAAAAGGAACUUGCUGCGGCAGAGUUUGAUGGUUACUGUGAGGGUGAGCUGAUAAAGGCAACACUGUCUGGAAACCAACAACCUGUGCGCAUAGAGAUCACUGAGGCAGCAAUGGAAUUAGGUGCAGAGAAACUUUCUUUGUUAGUUAAUGAGGCAUACAAGGAUGCACACCAGAAAAGUGUCCAGGCAAUGAAGGAAAGGAUGAGUGACCUUGCUCAAAGCUUAGGAAUGCCUCAAGGUCUUAGUGAAUGAUUAAAGCAGUGAUAAUUUCCUUUACUGUCAUCUUAGAUGAGUUUCAAUUUUGUGUACAAACCGUGCAAAAAUGCUCAUUUCUACUUUCAACUUUCUUUUUAACUUCAUUUUUCUUCUUUUUAAUGAAGUUUGUGUUCCCAACUUUGGGUUAGAACAAGUUUGUUUAGUUCAUUAACAAUCCAAAUUGAAAGUGACAAAAAUAUUCAGAUAUGGUAACAUGUUCAAUCUAUAUGUGAUUAGUUCAAACUUUACUGACAAGCUCUUCUGACUGUUGAAAAUAGAACUUCAUGAUCUCCUCUGACUGUUGCACAGAUGUACUCAAGGUUUGGCCUGCUAGCUACCAAUUACCAGUACUAUCUUCCAAAUCCCCCCUAACAUGCAGUCAAAUUACCCUCUACAAUAGUUCUUGUAAAUAAAUAAGUUUCAGAUGA